AUGGCAAUUGGCUCAGUAAAGCGGCUUGACAUUGAUUGCUCAUAUUUAAAUGAUAUUUUUCAUGAUGAGAAUGUUAUCGAGGAAGAAGCUUGGCUUUGGUACAACGACAAAAUCUUUCUUGUGAAUAUUUGUGUCUUUAUUUUGUGCUGCUUUGGAUUACUUUGGCUGAUAAAAGUGUGCACAUGUGAGGCGAAGAAAAUGAUUUACAGGCAAAGUUUUGGUCGUAGUCAAAACACAUCCCUUAAAUCUCACAAUGAUCGUGUCUGA